AUGCCUGGAGCACACGUGGAGCACCCUAGCCACCGCACACCUGCAGAACAAGGACCGAUCAGGGACGCUUGGGACGACGACACCGAGGGCCGCAUCGGUAGCCUGAACCUCUCAAAACCCAGGCCAGCUAUCAGAGUUAAGGGUUUCUCCUUGCUUUCCUUCCUUGACUCGAGAGCUACUUCUGCUGCGCGACUCUUACUGCUCCAUCAAGCCUACACCCGCCGCGCUCGGAAGCCCAUCCAACUCCCUCCGUUACUCGUGACACCCUCUCACUGCGGCUGUGAACAUCCGUACUUCUUCCGGAUACAUGACUUCGUCAACCUGAAACGGCGAUGGUGCCCAAUCUCUCAUCCCUCCCCAUUCGGCUCGAGUUACGACUCUGAGGCACGUCGUCCGAAAGUGACUGGUCAAUCCAGCAGCCCGUGGAGAUUUGGAUCAUUGAUUUAUCAUCUGCCGGAGGAACGAUAA